CCUCUGGCUGUGCAGACGGAACUCGUGAGGGCUUGCACGGAUUUGAGAGCGCCGCGGCAUGUGAAGGAGUCUGGGACGGUCACAUCAGUAACGCCGGCAGGUUAUGUUCUCCUGGAUGGAGGGUCUGUACAUCGUUUGAUGUCGACCUCUUACGGAACAUCACCUGGAAACAUGCACUGAGUGUACACGGCUGUAUGGCCAUCAACGCUGCCCAGGAUGGCGGUCGAUGUCGAGAAUGCAGAGGCGGGUUGGAACAGGAUGACAUGGCCGGCGUUGGUCAAAGCUGUCCUCACCAAAGUGAAGGUCAGACUUCAUGUAUCUCUGGAGGUCGCAUGGAUGCCAGCUGUUGUGUAGACUCCCACUUCCACACAGCCUGUCACUUUAAACCUGGCCUCAUCAACGGGGUUGUGUGUUGCAGGCUACCAGCAAAAAGGCCUCACAUUGUUGUGAAGCCUCCUGAACGUCUCCAGGUAUACAGAGAUUUUAUAUUUUUACUCACCUGCCAGGCCAGUGGAAUGCCUCCUCCCAGGGUGCAUUGGUACAGAGAUGGCCGCAAAGUGACCAGUGAGACCUACCGAAUCUCUGUUUUGUCUUCAGGAGAUCUUUUAGUGACCCUUGCAAAACGGUCAGAUACUGGACUCUACACAUGUGAGGCCAUCAAUGAGCAUGGCAUAGACAUGGCCAGUUCAUAUGUCAGUAUAACAGAGCAUUCUUCUGGCUGUGCUGAUGGAACAACAGAUGGUCUUCACAUGUAUCCAGAUAUCCAGGCAUGUUCAGGGGCCUGGAAGGGUCAUGUGAAGUAUGGAAAGUCACUCUGUGCCAAGGGAUGGAGAGUGUGCAAUCCACGAAACAGAAAAAGCAUUAAAAAGAUCACAUUAUUUGAUACGACUGACCUAGUAGGCUGCUAUGCUUAUAAUGCUGCAGCACGACGUAACAAGUGUAAAAGAUGUCAGUCUAGCAAGAUGGCAGGAGUGGGUAAAGACUGUGGGUGGGUCAGCUAUUCUCACAAAUCCUGUCUGUCAUUUGGACGUGUAGAUGUGUUUUCUUCUAAUGAAACAUCCUCAUGUGAAUACACAGAAGGACUUACAACAGGUGUACUGUGCUGCAAGAAACCCAAACAAGUAAAAGAAACUUCACAUGAGUGCAAACCAGGGUGUGAAAAUAGAGGAGUCUGCCUGCCUCACAACAGAUGCAAAUGUGCUAAAGGAUAUAAGGGAGCUCGAUGUCAGAUACCUAUCUGUGAGCAGGAAUGUGGGAGCAAGGGAGUCUGCAUCCAGCCAAACACAUGCCGCUGCCAGGAGGGUUAUUCGGGAGACACAUGCAGACAAAAGGUUGUGCACUGUCAACCAGCUUGUCUCAAUGGGGGUCAAUGUCAUAAGGGGAAGUGCAAAUGUUCAUCAAGUUUCUGGGGCAAGCUCUGUCAGUAUCCAAUGCAGCAUGUCUUAUUAUCAAAGAUGAACAGAACAGAAAGAUGA